UCUACUUGGGAUUUGGUUUGACUUGAUUUCACCAACGAGAAGACUAGACACCGUCUUAGACAUGUUUUCAAUGGACAUUCGAAAAACAACAAUGGACAAGAUUUGCGCAUGAAACAGUCUACUGUGAGGAGUCUCUCCAAGGGAAGUUUAACUUUUGACACCAGUCUGAGGUGCGUGGCGCAGAAUGAGGAGAGAAACCGUCGUAAAGUGGACUUGAGGAAGACUUCAGAGUGAGAAUGUGGCGGGGACUCCAAGGAGAAGCACGGCUCCAAGUUUUACGCGCGACUAUAGCGUGAAGUGAAGCGCUGUGCGUCAGACCAGCAGUACCAUAUCUGUUUAUUCAGCUUUCAUCCAGCAUAAAUGAAACUUUAAUAACGAUUUAAUGAUAGGAAGAGUGCUUGUUUACACUAUUCAAAGAGGAACCUGGAUCUAGCCCGAGCCAGAUUUAGAAAAACAAUCUUCGAUCAUUUUCCCUUCGAUAUUUGCAUUCCUGAUCCCGAGGUGGCUCCCAAGUGGUGUUGCGGCUCCUCGUCCCCGGCGGAUCCGGAGAUUGGAGUCUCUGCACCGGGAGGAGGAGGAGUGGGAGUCUCGCAGGUCACAGAGCAGGCUCCGAAGAGCGGCCGCGUCAAAAGGAUGGUGCGUCUGGCGGCAGAACUGUUGCUCCUCUUGGGACUUCUUCUGCUCACGCUGCACAUCACGGUCCUAAGGAGCAGCCCGCUGCCACAGGCGAACGUCACGAGCCUGGACCAGGACGCAGCUCUGACAGAGAACAAUAUCAAUACAAAAAGGAGCUCUUCUGGUCAGCUGGAGUCGGAGCGGCGGAGAUCUGGUCCAGGACACAGGCUGGCCCCUCGUCCUGCCUCUCUGCCAUGGGCACAAGGCACCGGGAGCAGCCUGCACAGAGACACUCCCGGAGCAUUCCUCUUGGACCUGCACAACUUCCCUGACCUCUCCAAGGCCGACAUCAACGGGCAGAAUCCAAACAUACAGGUAACAAUAGAAGUUGUGGACGGAUUGGAAGGACACGAACAGGAGAAAGGCCUCCAUAAAGAGACCAAACCAAACUGGGCUUCACCAAACUGGAGGAACUGGUGGCCCCACUCGUCCCCUUCCUCGGGCACCCACCAGACAGAGGAGCACAGAGCUAAAAACGAAGACAGCAACUUCCUCAGACCACCUCCCGACUGGGACAGGAGAGGGGGCACUGGAGGAGGCAAAACUCAGAGCGAAUAUGACUACAUGGACGGAGAGGGCGACUGGAGCGGCUGGUCCAGCUGCAGCGUCACCUGUGGCAACGGGAACCAGAAGAGGACACGGUCGUGUGGAUACGCCUGCACGGCAACCGAGUCCAGGACCUGUGACAUGCCCAACUGUCCCGGUAUUGAGGACGCUUUCAAGACAGCCGCUACUGAAGUGAGUCUGCUGGCAGGGACAGAUGAUUUCAAUGCCACAGAGCUCUUUGGAGUUGACACUGACAGCUGUGAGCGCUGGAUGAACUGCAAGAGCGACUUUUUGAAGAAAUACAUGACCAAAGUGGCCAACGACCUGCCCAGCUGCCCCUGCUCCUACCCCACAGAGGUGGCCUACAGCACGGCCGAUGUCCACGACCCCCCCACCAGGAAAGACUUUAGGUGGAAAGACGCUAGCGGGCCCAAGGAAAAACUCGAAAUCUACAAACCCACCGCCCGCUACUGCAUUAGGUCCAUGUUGACGCUAGAGUCCACCACGUUGGCCGCUCAACACUGCUGCUAUGACGAUAAUAUGAAGCUAAUCACUCGCGGUAAAGGGGCGGGGACUCCUAACCUCAUCAGUAUUGAGUUCUCAGCAGACCUGCACUAUAAGGUGGACAUCCUGCCGUGGAUCAUUUGUAAGGGGGACUGGAGUCGAUAUAACCAGGCAAGACCACCAAACAACGGGCAGAAGUGUCCAGAAAAUCCACAAGAUGAGGACUACUACAAACAGUUUGAAGAAGCCAGGGAAUUUUAGACUUUAAACAUGGGACAGCACAAGUUUAGAGGCUAGAUUUGAAUAACUUUUUACAUGAACAUUUUGGACAAUAUUUUAAAUGUAUAAAAUGGAGAUAUGAAUGACAUAUUGUGUACUAUUUGCAGCUAUUGUGAUAAAGGGACUUUGAAAAAAGGGAAACUUGUUGUUCUAGGAAUGUAUACUGCCCAUGUUUGUUAUUGUGAUUCCCAAACCUUUUACACCAUGUACCAUCAGAGCUUUACAGGGACCAUUUAAAGCAGAACUCUGUAACUUUUUUACCUAUCAUGAAUCUUUCAAGAAAUAAACACAUCCUAGUAAAAGAACCUAGCAAAUGUUUUAGAAAAAAAUAUAUUGAUAUGCGCUUUUCUACCUCUAUUAAGAAUUCAAAGCUCACCCAUUCACUCAAGUGUCUUACCUAAGGACACAGCAGCUGUAUGCACUGGUGGGUGCAGGGAUCAAACCUCCAACCCUUGUAUCAGGGGCUGAAUGCUCUACUAAGUGACCUCCAAAGUGAAGGAAGUUGCUGAGUUCCGCUUUAACUGCCUAAAAUGACCCUAAAUCAGGACUGACCUGAGUUUAAACCCAGGGAUAAAACAGGGAUCACCAGAAAAAUGCAUUACUAAAUAAGGACAAAACAUGGUACUGGCAAAAACCAGGAAAAGACUUCUGAAAAUGAACAGAUGAAGCCUGCAGACACCAAGGGCAUGCGCACCAUAGUUCGAGAACCACUGUUACUAGCUGAAUGUGAGUGUUAUAACAAUCUUUGUGAAAUACAUUUUUGGGUCGAGGACACAGGACAGGGUACAAAAAUAUUCUCAUUUUGACUGUUGAUAUACAAACUUUGAGUAUGUUUAUAUAGAUUUUGUUACCAAUAAUUUUUCAAGUCCGAUCAUCACUCCUCUUUGUAAAAAGCAUUGCAUUAUUUUUGUAAAGUAUUUAUUUUUAUGUCAUAGCUGUGUAUGACUCCUGUGUUGAUGACUGUUGUUUUGAAGUUACUUGUGGCUGAUGCUAACUUGAUUUCUUUUGGUUCUCCUCAAGUUAGCGCCAAAGCUAAACAGAGCAAAG